CUCUGUACAACAAAUUUCAUCUUUUCUUUCUUAUCUCUUUUAUAUUUAACAUGAAGGAAGGAUUUCAGUCUAUAAAGAUUGGACCAUUUACAGACCAUUUAGAGUUUAUUGGUCUUAUCAAGAGUUCAAACCCUGCUGCAGGAUCCAGUCUGAGGGGAACUCUUGAACUAUCCGUUCAAAAGACAAUCAAGAUCAAGUCAAUGUCAUUAAAGUUUAAGGGCAAGUCUCAAGCUACUUAUACACGACCAAACGAUUUGCAAAAAUUUACAAUUACUGCAAAAAUACUGCCUAAAUUAAAGACAAAAAUAGUCGAAAAAUCACUUACGCUUCACCAUGGACACCACACGUUUCCUUGGGAACUAGACAUUCCAAAUGUAUACCCACAGACAUAUAGUUCAGACCGAUGUGAUAUUAGUUAUUAUUUGGAAUUGAAGAUAUAUCUUGGCGUAGGCCGCUCAGUCACCGUAGAACACCCAAUCACUAUCUACAGGCACUUGGUUGCUUCACCUCAGUCAGCUGCACUGAUGAAUACAAAAUUGUAUCAAUAUACAUCACCAGAUAAAUUCCAUUACCAGAUUGAAGCACCCAAGGUUAUUUGCCUUGACCAGGAGUAUUUCCCGCUAUCUAUCAAAUAUACUUGCUUCAGUGGUUCUUUGCUGAGCCACAUUCGUACCUUUAUCGUUCAAACAGAGGUUCACAGAAUGAGAAACUUGACAAAAAUUGAAAUUGAAAGAAAAUCAACAGCUGAUCAGCCUAGUUUGUCAAAGACAAUAACGCAUCUCGAUCCUGCCAUGAUCAAUUACAUAAGCACUCAGUCAGACAACAUCAACGAUCAUUCUUUACUUUUAAAGCAAAAGGUGCCUAAAAUCGGAAUCAUCUGUGGAACAGAAUCACCGCUGGUCGCCAUUUAUCACCAACUAGACAUUACCUUUGAUUUAGGCAAUGACAAGGUACAGACAAGGAUUCCCAUCUAUGUGAGCUCUCUCCCUACAACCUAUACCAAACCCGUUCUGGACGAGAGCUUUGCUUCAGUAAAGUACGAAAUGGAAUCACAACCUCAUCAAAAGCCGAUGUCUACGGACAUACUAAACUCACCCAUUCCCGAAGACAGACCACAAAAACGUGGCACUAGGUUCAGUAUAAGGAGGUCUCUGUCCGAUCAAAUGUUGGGUGGUAAAAUGGCCUCAGACAAGCAAAAGCCCAACUUUUUGGAUCCCAGUCAAUCGUCCUCAUCAACUACAACAUCAUCUUCUCUUUCUCCUCCUCCUCUUCCUCCUCCAAAGACUGCUGGCAGCACAAAAAUCCCAACCCCCAUCGAUACAGGCCUUGCGAAUCAAUUAGAAUCCAUUCGUUUAGCUGGAUCAGACGAUGUGAAUUCAAAUGCGCAAGCGUACUACAUGGGCUCACCCCUUUUGUCACAAGGUGCCAUGUCGCCCUCGAUGGAACCCAAUUCUGGGCUUUUCCCACCACCUAGACGUCCUCGUAAGAAGACAGUGACUACAGAUGACUCAAGCCGCUCUUUAACCAGCCGUAUGCCAGGCACAAACCAUUCAUUUACAGUAGACGUCAUGAAAAGAAUACCUGAAGACAUGCCAAGCAUACCACUGCCCACGCCACCUACUUCCGGCCGACUAUCCGAUCUAUCUCAACCACACCUGACUGCACCCACUCAUUAUAACGUAUCGUCCCCUACUUCACCCCGCGCACCAUUGCCAAAACCACACCAGACUCACUUUGAUCCAACUGCCGAUCGAAUCAUUCGCAGCUCCGCUCUGAGUCGAAGCAGCAGUGAUAACAGUAGCCUCAGUCGUCGAAGCAGUACCAGUAGUUGCAGCAGUUGCAGCAGCUCUGGUCUUCGCCUUGGACAUUUGAAGCCCAUACCUUAUAGACAAUCUGACGCGGUGUCAGGUAGCAGUAAUAGUAGGAAAUACUCUGAAUCCGUAAAUCACUAUGUCUCUGCUGAGCUACCCCCUCUUCCUUCCUUUUCAUUACCCAACUCUACUGAUCUUCUUCGACAAAAUAUGACAUCCAUUCCUUCAGACUAUAUAGACCUAAGCGACGAUGAAGAAGAAUUUGACAUUCUUGUCUAUCGUGACUUAGUUGAUGACGAUGGGUUAUCUUUAGCAAUGUAAUAUGUAUCACUUUUUAUGUAUGAG